AUGGACAAUAAUUCAGGAGGUGAAGAAGGGAGAGUCCCUAGAGGACUUAGCUUGGAACAAGCACAAAACAUACGAAGGGAUAGACAACUAGAGGAUCUAACCACACGUAUGGACGAGCUAAUGCGCAUGAUCAAAGAGCAGAAAGUUCUUGAAUGGCUACAAAGAUUAGAGAGAGUCUUUGAUUACAAGGACUAUGAUGACAAUAAGAGGUUUAAGGUACUACUUAAAGCUCACAGGAUUGCUCGUUUCAUUGCUGGAUUGGAUAAAAGAAUAGCUAAGAAGGUGGAUCUACAACCUUAUUGGAGCUUUGAAGAGGUGGUACAAGUGGCUUUGAGGGCUGAAAAGUAUGUCAAGGCUAAGAAAGCUCCAACCUUUAAACCUUUUGUGAAGCAAGGAGAUAAACCUUAUGGUGGCGCCAAGAAAGAAGAAGGUAGUACAUCUACUUCUAAGUUUGAUAAGUUUAAAGGGGACAAAGGUAAGGCUUCUACACCCCUAGCAACAGAUGAGAGGCGCAUAUGCUUCAAGUGUAAAGGUUAUGGACACAUCUUGAAAGAUUGUCCCAAUAAUAGGGUGAUGACUUUAAGGGACAUUCAGGAGAUAGAAGAGGAGUAUGCUAAGGGCAACUUUGAAGAAGAGGAGCUUAAGGAAGAAAAGGAGCAUGAGGAUGAGGCCACCUAUGAAGCUGAUUCAGAGGAAGAGCCAGUAUAUGAGGGCCAACAAUUGAUGUAUGCAAUAUGGCAAUUUAAAGAUGAGGUUUUAUGUGAUGUAUGCAAUAUGGAUGCGUGUCACAUCCUUUUGGGAAGACCAUGGCAAUUUGAUAGGCACAUGAAAUAUGAUGGUCGAACUAAUGUAUGUAUUGCUACAGUUGGAGGUAAGAGAACUACUUUAAAACCUUUACCUUCCCCUAUCCCAAAGAAAGGUACAUUAUUAGUAAGUGCUAAGGAGAUUGAAAAGGAAUUGGAGGAAGAACAUGAAGGGUAUCUAUUGAUGGCAAAGGAAGUAGAAGGGGAGCAACAACCUUACAAGGUUCCUAAACACCUUGAACAUGUGCUUGAUGAGUAUAGUGAUGUCUUCCCUCAAGACUUACCUCCAGGUUUACCCCCUAUUCGUGGCAUAGAACAUCAAAUUGACUUAGUUCCAGGUGCUUCUUUGCCAAACAAAGCUACUUAUAGGUGCAAUCCUCAAGAGACACAAGAAUUGCAAAGGCAAAUUGAAGAGUUGAUGUCUAGGGGAUAUGUGCGUGAAAGUAUGAGUCCAUGUGCAGUACCAGCCUUGUUGGUGCCUAAGAAAGAUGGUACUUGUAUUGUGGCCCCUAUGACCAAAUGUAUCAAGCAAGGCAAGUUCAUGUGGACAAAGGCAGCUCAACAAGCCUUUGAUACUAUUAAAGAGCUACUAAGUAAUACUCCUAUUCUAGCCCUUCCGGAUUUUUCACAACCAUUUGAGGUUGAAUGUGAUGCUAGUGGAGUGGGAAUUGGAGCUGUGAUGAUUCAAAAGAAAAGACCUAUUGCAUACUUUAGUGAGAAGUUGAGUGGUGCUAAACUUAACUAUUCUACAUAUGAUAAGGAGUUCUAUGCAAUAGUGAGAGCACUUGACCAUUGGAGUCACUACCUUAGGCCAAGUCAUUUUGUGCUUCACUCAGAUCAUGAAGCUUUGAAAUAUAUCCAUGGACAACAAAAGCUAAACCCUAGACAUGCUAAAUGGGUGGAGUUUUUACAAUCUUUCAAUUUCUCUUCAAGUAUAAAGAAGGCAAGGCUAAUGUGGUGGCAGAUGCUUAUCUAG